UCCCUCUAUUUCUUUAGCUUCAUCACAUUCCUCACUUAUCUCUCGCUUCUUUGAUCUCAAGAACAAUUCGUGUUUCUCUGAAUGAAUCACCAAUUCAUAGCCCUCAAAUCCCCUAUCGAAUGCAAUGGAUUUCCCCAAAACCCUAGACUAAUUCAGGCCAUUUUCGCCCCAGUUUCGCACCGCAAGCCCCGGUCCUCCAUUUUCAACAGCAAAGGAGUGGAGCUCUCCGCUCUCAAGCACCACUCCUCUCAUUCCCUCAACUCUAGCAGCGGUAGCUCCUCCAUCGAUGGCGGGAAGAGGUUGAGGAGUCUCGGUGUCAAGGAGAUUGAUGUGGCCACUCUCGGAAAUCUCUGCGUCGAUAUUGUUCUCAAUGUCCCCGAGUUGCCGCCUGACUCGGUCAAGGAGCGCAAGGCGUACAUGGAAUGUUUAUCCCAGUCUCCACCCGAUACGAAAUUCUGGGAAGCUGGUGGUAACUGCAAUGUGGCUAUAGCAGCGGCUAGAUUGGGAGUUCGAUGUACAACAAUUGGUCAUGUUGGUAGCGAAGUAUAUGGACACUUCCUCAUAGAUGUGCUUCGUGAUGGGGGCAUUGGUAUAGUUGCAAUGGAUGAAGAACAUAAUGCUGAAAGCUCAGCUGAAUACGAAACUCUUUUAUGCUGGGUUUUGGUGGAUCCCCUGCAGAGACAUGGAUUUUGCAGUCGAGCUGAUUUCAGCAAGGAGCCUGCAUUCAGUUGGAUGACUAAAUUAUCAAGCAAAGUAAAGAUGGCCAUUAAAAACUCAAAGAUCCUUUUCUGCAAUGGUUAUGGCUUUGAUGAGCUUGCCCCUAGUUUGCUUACCUCUACUUUGCAUUAUGCUGUGGAAGUAGGGACAUCAGUUUUUUUUGACCCUGGACCACGGGGGAAGAGCCUUUCUAGUGGAACACCUGAAGAACAAAAUGCAUUUGGACAGUUUCUGAGGAUGAGUGAUGUUCUUCUUCUAACUUCUGAGGAGGCUGAAUCAUUGACUGGCAUAAGAAACCCAGUACUAGCUGGGCAGGAUUUGCUCAGGAAAGGAUCGCGAACAAAAUGGAUCAUUGUGAAAAUGGGUGCAAUAGGUUCAAUCUUAAUCAGUGCAUCCAGUGUAUCAUGUGCACCUGCUUUCAAGGUGAACGUGGUCGACACUGUUGGGUGCGGGGAUAGUUUCGUAGCUGCUAUUGCAUUUGGUUUCUUACACAAUCUGCCCAUGAUUUAUACAUUGACACUCGCGAAUGCAGUUGGUGCCGCAACUGCCAUGGGUUGUGGUGCUGGGAGGAAUGUUGCAACUCUGAAGCAAGUCAUGGAACUCAUGAAGGCAGCAAACCUGAAUGAGGAUGAUAAAUUUUGGGACGAGUUAGUUGGUGAAAACUUGGAUAUUCAGGAAAUUACAUUUCUAUCAAGAAUGGUUGUAAAUGGAAACAAUAACCGGAUAAACCAUGUUUCCCUGCAAAAUGUGGUUUCUGAAAUGCUGCCCAAACUUGAGGCUUGGCAGGUAACUGGGGCAGUGCCACUCUGUUAACUGCCACGACAACUGCCUUUGACAGCUGACUGAUUUUUCCUUGUCUUGACUAUUUUUUAGCACUAUGAGAACUGUUGCUCUAAGAAGUGGGGUAGAAGUGAAGUCGAGUCAAGUUGAGUUGAGUGAUACUGAUGCCUUCAUCUUUUGGCAGAGUUGAAUUGUGGUUCUUGAUGGUGAAAAUUUAGGUGCAAACACAGAAAUCAGCUUCAUUUGCUGCUUGUAUUUCAUUGUGUUUGAGUAGUGAGAUGAUGUUAGCUGCAAUAGUUCAGUCAUAGUAUGCAAAGGGUUUAGAAUUAGGGCUUUGAUUUUGGUUUGGGGGAGGAGAUCUUAUAUAUUUGCAAUUCCAUUAUGAAGAUGUCUAAUUCUUUA